AUGGCAGGUAAGCGGCUCGUUGACGUCGCGAGACUAUUCAAUGCCUCCAAAUCCAUCACCAGACAGCAUGUCAAUCUGCGCUCACAGCAGCUUGAUGUCUACAGCAGAACCUCGACGCUCGCAAGGGCCGUCAAGAGCCAGACGGAUCGCAUAAUUCUCACCGCUCAAGCAGCAAUUGCCCUAUCCCAACGUUUUAACGAAAACCCUCCGCCAUGGGCUUCGCCGCCACAAGCAUCGAACCACCGCAAAGAGGAUAUGCCAAGGAGGGAGAUGGUGCAAGGGGAGAAGCAACGCGAAUAUAUGAAGGAUGGACUAGAGCAGGGUCAUAAUUAUGAUCGGUCGUCCAGGAAUACGCAGGCAGGGCCACCGCCGGAGGAUGAGCUGUAUGUGCAACAAGAGAAUGCAAAACGCUGCUUGCUGCCAGAUGGGACGAUAUCAUCUGCGGGUAUAACUUUAGAGGACGAUGCAAAGAGACAAGACACAUUUUUAGAACCGGCAGUGCCAGAGCCUUUGAAGGAACAUUUGGCAAAGGUGGCUCAUGAAGGUCCAAAGGAAGAGGAAGGCAUCAAACCAGCAGCGUCGACGGCGUCUUCAAUUCCAAUACCACCCAAGAGCUCGCAUCUCUCGCCAAAAGAAGCGCGCAGACUUCAGCGUGAGUCUGAGUCUCAGAUCCCUUCCCAAGCGAACGAAUCACAGCCGCCGACAUCACCAAUGGUGCGGAAGCUUAACGCAGGCCAAGAUACAGAUGUCUUCUAUACCAGAUUUGUAGAGUCGAAGCCGGAAUACUCAUCGUUGCCUCGAGCGAAAAUACCAAAGCAUACAGAAGACAAACAAGGGAGUGAUGAUCAUGUCCAAGCCGGUCAUUUGAACCAGGACGCUUACUACUCCACCCCGGAGCCGGGGCAGGAGGAGGUGCAGAAAGAAGAGAUACCACAUACAGCGGCUGUUCCGGAACAAGAUCAGGUAUCUGGGGGCAUAAAUACGGAUGUGUUCCGAACCAAGCGGGUCGCGAAGAUGCUAGGAGGUAGUCCGUAUGCGCCGAAGCCUCACCUAGACCUGAGAGGUGCUGACAAGACUCCAUAUGAUCAUACAAAGACUGCGGCUGGUUAUGGUCAGGCUAUGUCCAAUGUCCGCAGUGCUGAGCAGACAGAGCCCUCCAAGCCAGAACAACCUCUGCAGACCAGUCGAACAACAGCAGAAAGAGAAAUGCAUAAUUUUCCCCCCGAGCUAGCUAAAGGCGCCGAAUCAACUCCUCCCUCCGUGCCUGACAUCUCUGGAGAAAUAUAUAUUGAACCUCGAAAAGCUCCGUACGAACUACGAGAGUCACGCGUUCCAUCAUCAAGGUUCAGCCGUCUUUGGCAGUAUGCUGGCCUAGGGGCUAGAAUGGCGUUUGGUGCAGCUGGAGAAAGUCUUCGACGAGUAACUGGGAGCGCUGCAGCGACCGGAGGGUCGCUGGUGUUGAGUCCAGGAAAUAUGGAGAUCCUCGUUGCAAAACUGUCCCGUAUGCGUGGCGCUGCGCUCAAGCUCGGGCAAAUAAUCAGCUUUCAAGACAUCAAGAUGCUACCACCUGCAAUACACGAAGUGCUUCAGCGCGUGCAGGACAGUGCAGAUUACAUGCCCGCCUCUCAGCGCAACAAAGUCCUUGUAAGCAACCUUGGUGCCAACUGGAGAAAUCUCUUCGAUUCUUUUGAAGACGUUCCGAUAGCAGCAGCAUCAAUUGGCCAGGUUCACAAAGCCAUCCUUCGAUCUACCAAGGAACAAGUGGCUGUCAAAGUCCAGUAUCCCGGCGUUGCUAACUCGAUCGAUUCGGAUCUCAGCAACCUUUCUAUUCUUCUAACAGCGUCACGUCUCCUACCGAAAGGUCUCUUCCUCGACAAAACGAUCGCAAAUGCCCGAACAGAGUUAGGCUGGGAAUGCGAUUACACCCGAGAAGCAGAAUGCCAAACCCGCUUCCGCGACUUCCUAGCCGACGAUACCGACGUCUUCACAGUGCCGAAGAUCAUUCCAGAAGCUAGCGGCAAAGAAGUCCUAACCGCAGAACUCAUGGAAGGCAUUGGCGUCGCCAAACUCCCUCUCCUCGACCAAGAACAACGCGACUGGAUCGGGACGCAAAUUCUCCGCCUCUGUCUUCGAGAAAUCGUCGAGUUCAAAUUCAUGCAGACGGAUCCGAAUUGGACUAAUUUUCUCUACAACGAAAAGCUCCACAAAAUCGAGUUAUUAGAUUUUGGCGCAAGCCGUGACUACCCGGACGAAUUCGUAGAUCCGUAUAUCAAUGUCCUGAUUGCGGCAUCCCAGAAUAACAAACCUCUCAUCCGAGAACUCUCUGUUCAACUGGGGUAUCUGACCGGCUCUGAGUCCGCGGAUAUGACAGAAGCACAUGUCCAAUCUGUUCUGACUCUUGCGGAACCUUUUCAGCAGAAUGGACCGGAGGUGUAUAAUUUCAGAGACCAGACUAUUACGGAUAGAGUGAGGGGUCUAAUUCCUGUGAUGGUGAGAGAGCGGCUAGCCCCACCACCAGAAGAGACGUAUAGUCUGCACAGGAAGUUGAGUGGAGCUUUCUUGUUAUGUGCAAGGCUAGGCAGUAGAGUGCCUUGUCGGGCAUUGUUUGAGAGGGCUGUGGAAACAUAUAGGCUAGGUGGUAAGAUGACAUAG